CGAMACGAUCGGUAGAGGACAGACUUUUUUUUUCCUUCGUUUUUCCAAGAAUGAAUGGUGCCCAGUCACGUUUCAACAAACGUCACAACCUUUCAUGAAACAAGGAGAGAAAUUCCAAGUGUGUCCAAACUUGUUUGGUCUUAAAGCAGGAGGCAGACGGAAUAGAGAUUUGAUCUGGAACGAAGACACUGUUAAAUCCGAGGACGGGAAACAAUAAUCAUGGCGAUCGACACGAAACACACGGGAGCGAAGGCAGCGACGGGAAUUGCAUGGCUGUCCUUCUUCUUUCUCGCGCUGGCGCAGCAGGCGCAUUCGUUUUCCAUGUCCUCGAACGGGAAUAACAACAACAACAAUCUGGGAGCGGCCAUGAACCUCAUGUCAUCCGACUCGAACAACCUCGAUCGGUUCCAAUCGUCGUUCUUGGUGGGGAAAGAGAGCGAAACCGCCGUAUCCCAGUUCGAUGGUAACCUUUGGCAAGCCCUGUACGGUGAAAACAACGUAUCCGGAGAGGACGAGGAUCUGUGGGUGGCAGUCUAUCGAAGCAACAACAACAAACCCUCCGUGAUUGUUCGCGACGAAUUCUUUCGAGCCAUGAACGAUGCAACAUCGGACGACCUAGACGAUGCAAACGACAACGAUUCUACCGCAAAUUCCAACAACAAUAUUUCAACGGUGUCCAACACUGCCUCCUUUUUGUCCAACACCAUGCCUUCCAUGCUGGAAAUCCCGGAAACGAAACCAGUUGCCAUCGCUCGGUUGCAAAAGACAGAAAGCGACAAUGUAUACCUCCUGGACAAUCUGCGGUGCUCCCUCAAAAAAGAAGACCAGGACGAAUCUUGUGACGGGGGGAGCGAAUUUCUCGAGGCCCUGAGCGUGGCAGUGGACACACUACUCCAGCAGCACCUACAGCGCUUGCUAAAGGACCGAGACGAYGAGACYGAAACCGAUGUGGUCUUYGAGGGCACCGUUCGGACCAAGUCGACACUCUUUUCCAACAAACUCUUCGAAGAGCGGGGUUUCCGAGAGGUCGAGACGCUGAGCAGGGACAUGGCCACGCACGUUUCGAGCUACGGGGCCUGUUUUUCGCAGUACGCCGAGAGGUCCAUCGAGCCGGGGAUGGCCCCCGGGACGAGGGACCGGGCGCUCCAGAUCGUGGCCCUCCUGGGCCGGCUGGAUGCCGAGGUUCAGAAGAAGGUCGAGGAAGACGAACAGAACGGAGGAAACGGCGGGGACGACUACGAUCCGUGGGCCAACAUGAAAUUGUAUCGAUCGUAGGCAAAGCUAUUCGUACCAAUGGUACUGUUCGUAUGACAAAGAAUACCGGUACCGAUACCUACAAUCAUCGCAAUUCUGCAAUCCAGCAAGCUCACCUUUUCGUGCACAAGAAUCACAUUAUCAAUCAUAGAAGUUGUGAGACCUAGCAAGCACGCCUUGUAGUACAAAAAGGCGCACGCCGUAGUUCAUUCUCUGCUACAGUAUCAAUGAUACCAGUACGAUGCACUUCCUUGUACCUGAUAACAAAAUCUGUAAAAGCAACAGAGAUAACGAUGAAGUUGCUCUUCCACUAAAAUGGUUUCUAGUGU